UGAAAUACAGUUUAUCAAUUAAGAUACUAAUGUUCGUUGCCAGUGUAAAUUGUAAAAUGGCCGAGCAAGCCCUAUUAUUGAUCAUUCUUUUGUGCUUAAAUGUGUCCCGCACUCUUCCCUCAAAGACUGAGAAGUGUGACGACAACACAACGAAAACAACUGGGGGAAUAGCGUACUGGAAAUUUCGAGGCGUUCGUUACACAACAUCUGAAGACUUUCUCUGCUGGAAGGAAAAUGGGGAACUUUUCUUGCGUGAAUGCAACACAACAACUGGUCAAUGGCAUCCUGAGGAAGUAGUAUGUCAGGAACAAGAGGAAAGCAACAAAUAUUGCCCCGAAGAAUUGGUAGAGAUUCAUAGCGAUAAUGGUGAUCCUCUUUGUCUCAAGAUUUCACCAGAACCUCAAAAAUAUGAUGACGAAUUUUGCCGUGGCUCUAAUGUAGUUUUCCCUUCAGAUCUUUCUAAAGAUCAAAUGUUAGAUCUUGUGCAGUUUCUAUACAAGAGAAACAUUAAGGAAUAUUGGUUACCAUUACGACGCGAAAAUAAUACUAUGCCAUUCAAAAUAAGGUUGCCAGGUAAACAUUGGGGACAAAUAGUCGACGAUAAUAUAGAAAUCUUAGAUUUCAAAUCUGAUAGAUGCUGUGUGUCAGCAGAGUAUUCUCAAGCCAAGAAAAUAAAAAAACAAAAGGAUAUUCCUGGGAUGAUGAUUCAAGAUUGUGAAGCCCUGUUGCACUCCAUUUGUAUAUUUCAAGACGAAUUUGUAACUGUUUCGGGGUGUCCCGAAGGACUAGGAGCAUUAAGUUAUCGACCAAAUGUAUGCUAUGGUGUCAACUGGAAAAAACCACAUUUAGAAGAGAAAACUCAGAUAUCCAUCAAUGAGUAUUUUCAAAAUCGUAAUACCCUAAGGCAAGUGUUAAAAAGCUCCAUGCCAAAAAAGAAAAAAGAAGACGAAUUCUUUCAAGUUGACGAUUUUUCAAGCAAUUCAGGAGACAAUUAUGUGAUUCUAAUGAACCAAAAUGAAAGGGUUAAAGUUGCAGAUAAAAGUUCUAAAAUAUUUCCGGUUCUAUACAAAGAAGUUGUGAACAUUGAAUUAAAUGCUGUUGAAUUGAUAUUGAAAAUGGAUGUAGAUCUACAAAAGUUUAUUCUAAUAGUUUAUAAUCGCCAGUAUCUUUGGCGUUCCGAUAACGAAGACAAUGGUGUCACGUGCUUUACGAACUCAGAUUAUGAUCUUCUCCGAAGCACAAAAAUUAAACUAGUUUGGGAAAAUGAAAUGAAGUCCAUAUUUGAAGUGAAGCUGAUUGGAGAUGGACCAGGAGAAUACUGGUGUGAAGGACAUACAAUCGUAAACUUUCAGUUAGUGAGCAGCUCAAGAGUAGUGACUAUGAAAGAAAGACGGGGUCAUGCAUUUUCCAUAAGAUUAAAUGCACCAUGCAUUCAUAAGACUGUAAAUUUGUGUAACAAUAUUUACAAAAAUGCAAAAAAGAUGGCCAAACAUAUUCAGGAAGUGAUUCGAGAAAAAAGCAGAGCGGUUUCUCGAGAUCUUGUUAUACACAAUGUUCGAAUCAUGAGUAUCGAGAAGAUUCUCCAUAAUCACAUUGAUUGUUGGAUCCAUUUAACGGCUUCACUGAAGAAUUCAGCAGUUGACAAUAGUGAUGAAGAAAGCAGCGAAGAAUUCAAAAGAUUCGAGAAUGACGAACGUAUAAGACACGAUACUUCAAUACGCAUGAAAGUUUGGAUGCUGUUGAGAAACUUAGUUUCAAUUUCAAUUUACAAUCCAAAUAGUCCGAAUGAUCGUAUUGUAAGAAGCACAGAGUAUUGUUUUCCAGACACGUUUUAUUCUGAUAAAGGUGAAAUGUACCAGUGGAAUCAGGCGGUCAGAGGACAGAUGGGCACAUUAUCCCACCUGUGUCUUCAAAGGAAUGGAUUACCAUAUAUGCGUCAAUGCCAGGGAGAGUUUUUACGCGGUGCGUAUUGGGAAGAACUUAAAGAAAAUGUAACGUGCCAACUUGAAGAAGAAAAUACCAUAAUAACAAAAACUUUAUACAGCUUGGAGAGCUCAAAGACUCUUAGAUCUUCCCCAGAAAAGGUUGUCAGAGAAGUAAAAAGCAUUCUGAAGAAAUAUGCAAACAAGAUUUCACCUGCCGACAUACACUUUACUGCCAACAUUCUGCAAUCCUCUGUGAAACUUCUAGAUCAGCAAGUUUUGAGCUUAGGAAAGAACAUCACUACGUUGAAAGAUACCACUCAUGAUCUUAUAUCUAUAUACAAUUAUAUGGUAGAUGUCAAGAGAAGUACCAUAAAGAUGUCAGCUUCGUUAAACUCAACGAAUAAAUUGCUGGAGGCAUUUGAAAACGCCAUGAAUACCUUAUCAUCGCAGGCAAUUACUGAUGACAAUAGUCUGAAUUCGAGUAUGGAUUUCGAAGUAUUUGAUUUUGAAGAUAUUGGAGUCACACUAAAAGCUUCGAACAAUUUAUUGUAUUUCAUCCUUAAUCCAACGAUAGCUAAUAUUUCGGGGAUUGCAAUGUUUAAAAAUGAUAAUUCUACGGGGCAGUCAAAUCUCUUAAGAGGUGCAUUUCAAAUGGAACAUUUCCGAUUUUUACAGUCAAAUCAUGACGUUGCAGAUUUUAUUAAUGAGACCAACUUGCAAGUUGCCACAUAUGUGCCAGAGAAACUCCUAACUCAUUUGAAUAUAAUUUCUAAUACACUAAAUGUCACUGAGAAACAUGAAACUAUUAUUGUUAUCAAAGUCUACUCAAAUGAUAUACUUUUUCAACAACAAAACAAACAGGAUCAUCGAAAUGCUUUUGGCCGUGUCGUAUCCAUAUCCUUACCUGGCCACAGUACACAGUUACCUGAAGAUUUGCCACUUGUUUUUCGAGUCUGGGGUAAUGCAUCCAUUAAAGACAAUAGUUCGAGGAAACUGUGCAGUUAUUGGAAUUUUGAAAAUUGGGUCUCCGAUGGGAUUCGGGUUCCAAGCGAUCAAGAUAUUAACAAAGAUAUUGUUUUAUGCCAAGUAGAAGCAGCUUUACAAACAGAUCCAAAUAAUGAGGAACUUUUAAAACUAAAAGAUGAUCUGGAAGAAGUCAUCAAACUUACUCGAGACUUGAUAAAAACUCAAUUAGAAGAACAGCGAAAAUCAUCGUACAUAGAACCAUCUUCCUCUAAAACAGCGUCGUCAAAUUACUUUGACGAUAUUGAAGCUGCUCUUUUAGAGGCUGAAAAACUGGUGACAUCCGCUAAAGUCUGGAAAAUUGGAGACAAAUGUCAAGCGAAAUGGACAGAGGAUGGUCAGUACUACGACGCAACCAUUGAAGGUAUAACUGGUAAGGGUGAGGUCAGCGUAAUCUUCGAUGCUUAUCAAAAUCGAUCCACUACUACUAUCAAUGAACUGCGAGAGCGCACAACUCGCAAUGAAGUGUUCCCGUCAAAUAAACGACAUCGCCCAAAUCAAAAGGAAUAUUUAAAGAAGCGCAAACAGAAGAAGCAACAACGAUUUAAAGACUUGGAGGAAGAGCGCGAGUCCGACAAAAAUAAAUGGCUUAACUUUACAACUAAAAAUCAAAAGAAACCAGGCAUGAAGGUCAACAGUAUAUUUGCUUCCCCAGAUAAUGUCAGUGGAAGAGUUGGCAUUGGCACGUGUGGAACGGCGGGAAAAGGUAUGACUGAUUUCACAGUUGGAGAAAAGUAUCGCAAGGGUUUAUAAAUUAAUAAAAAAUCGUAUAACUUUGGAAAUAUAAAA